AUGGCGGAGGAAGAGCGUGUAUCCAAACGCAAGCGCUCCCUGUCACCAGAACAGGGGGAAGCUAAGCAUGAAGAGAAGAUGGAGAAGGGCGAAGCCCUUCGAUCCGCUCUGGCCAAGCUCGCAGAAACGCGUGCAGGUGGUGCGUAUGUCCCCCCCGCACGCCUUCGUGCGUUGAUGGCUGAAGUGGCGCGCGCCGACUCUGGCAGUGCUGAGUUCCAGCGUAUGAAUUGGGAGGCACUGCGAAAGAGUAUCACUGGUUUGGUCAACAAAGUGGCCGCCGACAAUAUCAAGCAUAUUGCGCCGGAGCUCUUUGCCGGCGCGAACCUGAUCCGUGGUCGUGGCCUGUUUUGUCGGUCGAUCAUGCACGCGCAGGAACUGUCUUUACCAUUUACCCCCGUCUUUGCCGCCCUUGCGGCCAUUAUCAAUACCAAACUGCCAUUUGUGGGCGAAUUGCUUGUCACUCGACUCGUCAUGCAAUUCCGGCGAGCGUUCCGCCGCAACGACAAAACGAAGUGUCAUGCCACCUUGCUCUUCCUUGCACACCUUACCAACCAGCGGGUUGUCCAUGAACUUCUCGCGCUAGAGAUCCUUGUUCUCCUGCUUGAAAAGCCGACGGAUGACAGUGUGGAAUUGGCCGUGGCCUUUAUGCGAGAAGUCGGCGCGUUUUUGACCGAAGAGGCACCGAAGGCGUGUCACAGUGUCUUUGACCGAUUCCGUUCUGUUCUUUACGAGGGGAACAUUAGCGUACGUGUACAAUACAUGAUCGAAGUCCUUGCGCAGACGCGCAAGGACAAGUUCCAGGACAAUCCCCGGAUUCCCGAGCAGUUGGACUUGGUCGAAGAAGAAGAUCAAAUUACUCACCAAGUUAGUCUCGACGACCAGCUGAACAUUGAAGAAGGUCUUAACAUCUUCAAGCUGGACCCCGAUUUUGAAGCCAAUGAGGAAAAGUAUCGCCAAAUUAAGGCGGAGAUUCUCGGGGAGAACAGUGAUGAAGACGCGAGUGAGGACGACGACGACGACGACGUUGACGAGGAAGAAGAAGACGUUGACGAGGCAGCGCCUCAAGGAGAGACCGAGUUGGAGAUCCAUGACCGUACCGAGACCAACUUGGUCAAUCUCCGUCGUACAAUUUAUCUUGUCAUCAUGUCAUCCUUGGACUUUGAAGAGUGUGUACACAAAAUUCUGAAGCUGCGUGUACCUGAGGACCAAGAGAUGGAGUUGUGCAACAUGGUUAUUGAGUGCUGCUCCCAAGAGCGCACCUACUCAAAAUUCUAUGGCCACAUUGGUGAGCGCCUUUGCAAGCUCCAUCGACGAUGGAGUGGGCUGUACGAACAGAGCUUCCGAACUUACUAUGAUACCAUUCAUCGGUACGAAACAAAUCGCUUGCGCAACAUUGCGCGGUUCUUUGGCCAGCUGCUAGCGACGGAUGCUAUUAGCUGGGCGAGCUUUGAUGCGAUCUAUAUGAACGAAGACGAUACCACAUCGUCGUCGCGUAUCUUUGUCAAGAUUUUGUUUCAGGAGAUGCAGUCGCUCCUCGGCAUAAAGACGCUGACGGAGCGUUUCAAAGAGCCUACAAUGCAAGAGUAUUACCAAAACAUGUUCCCGCUGGAUCACCCACGCAAUACGCGCUUCUCGAUCAAUUUCUUUACGAGUAUUGGGCUUGGUGUGCUGACUGAGUCGAUGCGUGAGUACUUGCAAACAGCCACUAAAGCCAUGAUGGAGCGUCGGGAGGCAGAGAUGGCACGUGGGGAUGAGUCAGAUGCAUCCAUGUCGGAUCGCUCGUACUCCCGCAGCCCACGGCGUGGUCGUUCACGUACACGGUCGUACACGCCCAGCUCCCGCUCCCCCGCUCGUAUUCGUGUAGUCCACGUGGUCGUUCAUACUCGCGAUCGUAUUCUCGGAGCCCACGGGGCCGAACGUACUCUCGCUCCUACUCUCGAAGCCCGCGAGGCCGAUCGUACUCUCGCUCCUACUCGCGAAGCCCUCGAAGCCGAUCGUACUCUCGCUCCUACUCUCGAAGCCCGCGAGGCCGAUCGUAUUCUCGUUCCUACUCGCGAAGCCCUCGAAGCCGGUCGUAUUCUCGUUCCUACUCGCGAAGCCCGCGAGGCCGAUCGUACUCUCGCUCCUAUUCUCGGAGUCCGCGAGGCCGAUCGUACUCUCGUUCCUACUCUCGAAGCCCGCGAGGCCGAUCGUACUCACGCAGCCCGUCCUCCUCCCGCGCGUGAGGCAGAAGAACGUGUGCGUGCACGAUCGCCUGGCCGCCGACGUUGGGACGACAAUGCACGUGCGGCGCCGGUGUCGUUGUCGCGUGCGCCGCCAGGCCCUCCACCUCGUAGACCUCCGCACCUGUCAUAG